CCUGUUGCGCUCCAUUCCCCUCCUCCCCCAUCUUCUCUCCUCGCUUAUCCCCCCCGUCCCCUGCUCGCUGUGUUGGCAAAACCUCCUCCUAGUCCUCCACCAAGAAAAAAAGAGGAAAGGCCGUUUGCUGUCGCGCGGGAGGAAGGAAGCUUCUCGAGCUCUCCGCCGCUGCCCCGCCCCCGUCGGGCGGUUUCCGCGCCGCGCCGGUGGGAUCCGAGCCCCGAGCUUGGCGCGCGGCGAUCCUCGUAUCACAUAGGAUUCCACUGAAUUCAACUGCUGAAGAAAGCCAAGUAAGGUGGCUUUGGUAGUGGGACUGACCAGCUUGUGGAAUUUCCCAAAUACUGUCCAGGACAAUGGCUGCUCUUUGUGAUUUCUGUGGGAAACAAAGGUCAAUGAUCUACUGCAGAUCAGAUGCAGCAUCCUUGUGUUUAUCAUGUGAUCGUAGUGUUCAUUCAGCUAAUGCGCUGUCCCGGCGUCACACAAGGACCCUUCUUUGUGAUCGUUGUGGUUCACAGCCUGCAGCUGCCCACUGUAUUGAAGAGAACACAUCACUUUGCCAAAAUUGUGAUUGGAAUGGGCAUGAUGCUACAUCAGGGGCUACUGGGCAUAAAAGGCAGGCCAUAAACUGUUACUCCGGGUGCCCAUCAUCGUCAGAACUUUCGAGAAUCUGGUCAUUUGUUAUGGAUAUCCCAACUGUAGCUGCUGAGCCCAACUGUGAGGAUGGAAUAAGCAUGAUGACAAUUGAUGACAGUGAUGUUACAAAUCAUUGUGAUGCUUCAGAUGAUAAAAGAUUGUUGGAAAUAGCUAACACAACACUCAUGAGUGAUCCACCCACUGGUGACAAGCUUAAACCUCUCAUAGGAUCUCCUUCAGGUGAUGGGUUCAAUAUUCUGCCACUAGCCACCGAUCAGCCUGCCGGAUCAGAUUCAAUGACACCAAAGGUACCCUAUGCUACAGACGAUGAUAAGUUCAAUGAUGGCAGCAUGUAUGAAGACUUAUGUGUGGAUGAUACUGACCUGACAUUUGAGAAUUACGAAGAACUCUUUGGUACCUCUCACAUUCAAACAGAGCAACUCUUUGAUGAUGCUGGAAUUGACAGUUACUUUGAAAUGAAGGAAAUGCCGCCUUUUGACUCUAAUGAGGAGCCCAAAUAUAUGCAGCUGGAAUGUAGCAAUGUGGUAUCAGCAGAUUCCGCGAUGUCAAACCAAGGUGCAAGGGCUGAUUCCAGCCUUUGUAUUCCUGUUAGGCAAGUCAGAUCCAGUAUAUCUCAAUCCUUCUCUGGUUUGACUGGUGAGAGCAGUGCUGGAGAUCACCAAGAUUGUGGGGUAUCACCAAUGCUCCUCAUGGGUGAGCCACCGUGGCAUCCUCCUGGUCCUGAAGGUUCAGUUGCUGGAGGCAGCAGAGAUAGUGCUCUCACACGAUACAAGGAGAAGAAGAAGAGACGAAAGUUUGACAAGAAGAUCAGAUAUGCUUCUCGCAAGGCUAGGGCAGACGUGAGGAAAAGGGUCAAGGGACGUUUUAUAAAGGCUGGCGAAGCGUAUGACUACGAUCCGCUAAGCCAAACAAGGAGCUACUGAUCCCUGGAUGCGACUGGCUAUCUUCCAGUGUCAAGCUUGCAACCUUCAACUGCUCAUCUGUUGUAGGUUGCGCGACAAGAUCACUGGAGAGCGCAAGCAAUUGCAUGCAGCAGAGCCUGCAAUUGAAAUACGGGGAAAGGGUUAAAAAGAGAUACCAAAUGUUGGGAUGAAAAUGACACAAAAAAGAAAGAAAGAUGCAUACAUGCCGGAAGUCAGUGGAUGCUGCUACUGCUCCAUUUUCUUUGGCGGAACAUGCAUCUUCAGUUGCUUGUGGAUGAGUGGUCUGAAUCGCGCUCUGCCCUCUGUGCAUUGAUCGGAUGCAGCCAUGGGCGAUCGUCCUCCAGCCCCACCGCUCCAUGCAUGGCGACCAUACCUGCUUCUGCUAUGGUGUUCUGCGGUGAGCUGCCAGGUUGUAUACAUUCUGAGUAACAGCCUAACAGGAUACACUGUACCUCUCAAGUUUCCUCCUGUAAUAUUAUUUUGCGAAGCACAAUCUUCUGCUGUGAGGAGAUUGUUCUUCGGUCGUGUAUGUUUGUAGAUUGACCUAACACUGUAAAGAAAAAUGCCCUGGUGAUUGUAAAGUUCUGGACACUGAACCCCUGUUAAAGGUUUUCCUUUUUGUGCCACGAUAACCUUCUUGUGCA